CUCAUAUCCAAGAUGGCCGCCACCAUAACAGCAACGCCGGUGGAGCGCACAGCGCAGAUGACGGACAUGGAGUAGUGGAGUUAUUUUCCUCACCUUAAACGUUAACUCCCGAGUCGCGAUGUGGUUGUCGCGCUGCUUACGAAGCCAGGCAGCCCGCCGAAGGAGCUCCGCUGCGGCCCUUUCUAAAUGCUCGACCCCCCGCGGGGAUGCUAACUGGGGGGAUGCUAACCGGGGAGAUGCUAACGUGUCUCCCUUCAGGCGUUUGGCUGGACCUGCGGCACGAGCAAGCAAGGCUCUUCUGUUCAGGAAGCACGGGGACCCGUCUAAAGUCGUCCAGUUGGAAGACGUAGACCUGCCGCCCAUCGGGGCGAAAGAUGUCCUGGUUAAAAUGCUGGCAGCGCCAAUCAACCCGUCUGACAUCAACAUGAUUCAGGGCACUUAUGCAAUCUUGCCUGACCUCCCGGCUGUUGGGGGCAACGAGGGAGUGGCCCAGAUUGUAGAAGUCGGCGGCCAGGUGACGUCCCUCAGAACAGGAGACUGGGUCAUUCCUAAAGAUGCCGGUUUAGGGACGUGGAGGACAGUGGCAGUUCUAGCUGAGGACGAUGUCAUUGCACUGCCAAGUGACAUCCCCUUGUUGUCUGCUGCCACACUGGGGGUGAAUCCCUGCACUGCCUUCAGGAUGCUCUGUGACUUUGAAGACCUCAAAGCAGGUGAUUCUGUGAUCCAGAAUGCAGCAAACAGUGGAGUCGGCCAGGCUGUAAUACAGAUUGCUGCAGCGAGGGGAAUAAGCACCAUCAACGUCAUCCGAGACAGGGCAGAGUUCACACAGCUCAGCGAUAGGCUGAAGGCCAUGGGAGGAACGCAUGUGAUCAAAGAAGAGGCACUGAGACGGCCGGAUAUGAAGGAACUGUUCAAGAACUGUCCAAAGCCUAAACUGGCGCUGAAUGGAGUCGGAGGCAAGAGUGCAACGGAGCUGCUCCGUCAUCUACAAUACGGAGGAUCUAUGGUGACGUAUGGGGGGAUGGCCAAACAGCCAGUUACCGUCCCCGUGAGUGCACUUAUUUUCAAGGAUGUGAAGGUUCGGGGGUUUUGGGUCACCCAGUGGAAGAGAGAUCACUCGAGAGAUGGAAAGGCAUUCAGAGCCAUGCUGGAUGAACUGUGCCGGCUCAUUCAGCAGGGAAAGCUGACGCCUCCUGCCUGCACGGAGGUGGGCCUCCAGGACUACAGCAGAGCUCUGGACAGGGCUACACAGCCUUUCACCUCCGCUAAACAGGUCCUGAUCCUGUGAACGGACUCGCCAGCUCGCCGUUGCGUUGGCAUGACCCCAGCGACUGACAUUGUUGUCCAACACUCAAUAAAAUAUUCGUUUCCAACAGGCUCAAAGUCCAGCAGCUGUCCCUUUUAUGACAAUUUGAGUUCCCCUUCGCUUUCUUGACAUAAUUAAAAAGUAAUUUCAAUGUUAUAUGGUGUUAUGGGACAAGAGGAAGCUGUAACUCAUACAAUGCAUCUAAUAUCUUUAUUACCCGGUUGGUUUGUUACUGAGUUAUAGACGUGAGUAAAUCAAUAUUAA